CGAAACUUUAUAAGUUAUGCUCACACUUUGUUUUGUGUGUAUGCCAUGUGGUUAACUUUUAAAAAACAAAGUGUUUGUUUCUGAAUUAAUUAAUUUCCUAAUUAAUAAUUAAUAAAAAUGUCAAAAGUACGGGCUGUCGGCACUCACAAAGAAGUGGCGAGACAAGGGAUUUUAUUUAAUAAGAGUAAAGGUCAGCACAUUUUGAAAAAUCCUUUAAUUAUUCAAAGUAUGGUUGAAAAAGCUGCUCUUAAGCCGACUGAUGUUGUAUUGGAGAUUGGUCCUGGUACAGGUAAUAUGACUGUAAAAAUGUUAGAAAAGGCAAAGAAAGUAAUAGCGUGUGAAAUCGAUCCAAGAAUGGUAGCAGAAUUACAAAAACGUGUUCAGGGAACUGUUUAUCAGUCAAAGUUACAGAUAAUGGUUGGAGAUGUACUAAAAUCGGAUUUACCAUUCUUUGAUUUAUGUGUCGCAAACAUCCCAUAUCAGAUAUCAUCACCAUUAAUAUUCAAGUUACUUUCUCAUAGACCAAUUUUCAGAUGUGCUGUACUUAUGUUUCAAAGAGAAUUUGCAGAACGCUUGGUAGCUAAACCUGGUGACAAACUAUACUGUCGCUUAAGCAUUAACACACAAUUGUUGGCACGAGUGGAUAUGUUAAUGAAAGUUGGAAAGAAUAACUUUAGACCUCCACCUAAAGUAGAAUCAAAUGUAGUGAGAAUUGAACCAAGAAAUCCACCACCUCCAAUAAAUUAUCAAGAAUGGGAUGGUUUGACGCGAAUCGCGUUCAUCAGAAAAAAUAAAACAUUGUCUGCAACUUUUAAACAAACCACAGUUAUUACUUUGUUAGAAAAAAAUUAUAAAAUUCAUUGUAGUUUAAAUAAUAAGAUUCUUCCAGAUGAUUUUGAUAUAAAGCAAUUGAUAAACCAUAUAUUAAAAAAAGCAGAUGCUGAAAAUAAACGAGCCAGGACUAUGGACAUAGAUGAUUUCAUUAGCCUUUUACAUGCAUUCAAUGCGGAAGGUGUACAUUUUGUCUAAAUUAUAUAUUUAUAUUAGAUCAUGCAUUGUUGGUUUAUUAAACUAAAAAUUUUAUAAGGAUGUG